AUGGCGCAUGUGCUGCAGUCGCUGGCGACCGCAGCCCUGCUGCUGUUGCUACUGCUGCCGGAGUGUCCAGACGCCCAACAGGGCUUGCCCUUCAGCACGCGCAAGCUAGCCUUCUCUGCAAAUCAGUUCGGUCUGGACCUGUACCGAGCUCUCAGGGACUCUGAGCCUCCGUCCGGCUCCGAGGGAAACGUGGCCCUGUGCCCGUUCUGCGUGAGCUCUUCGCUGGGCAUGCUGCUGCUGGGCGCCCGGGGCCCCACCGCGCUGGCGCUCCGCCACGUGCUGUACCUGUGGGGCAUGCAGCACCUGCACCUGGCCGUCAGGGACCUGUCCGCACACCUGGCGUUAAACCUCAGGGACGCCCACCUCCUGCUCUUCAGGAGCCUGUACGUGCAGCGUGAUUUUGGCGUCAAGUACCCGUUCCAGCGGUCGCUGUACCACUUCUACAACGCGUCGGUGCACUCGCUUGACUUCGCGUCGAACGCUGAGGAGGCCCGGCAGCACAUCAACGCCGUCGUGGAGAAACAGAGCCAGUCGCAGCUGGCCAACAUCCUGCCGGACACGCCGCCGCCCUGGACGCAGCUCCUGCUGCUCAGCGGCCUCAACCUCGACACCCACAUCGAGCUGGACCUCGUGCCAGCCGAAGGGGUCCGCUGGAGGGCGCGCGCCGAGCCCGCCGACGACAGCGCCGCUCUGGCGGCGUCUGCGGAAGGUGCGCCAACCAGUGCGGGAGUCUCGAAAGCCAUGCGUGAUGAAUGGCAAAUGAUGUCGUGUCUAGUGUGUGUCCUCGUGACGUAG